AUGACAACCUACACCAACGAGGAAUAUGCAGACAUGUUGCUCUGUUAUGGAUACUGCGAAUGCGUAUCCGCUCGAGUUCGUGAUGAGUACAUAAGACGCUAUCGCGGUCGCCGCAUACCAGAUGUCAGUGUGUUUGACGGUGUUUAUCGAUGGCUUAGAGAGACUGGGUCUGUUUCAAGGCGACGAACUGAUCUGGGCAGACCUCGUGUCAACGACGACGAUGAAGAACAAGACAACGAGAUAGUACGACGUUUUAGAUCGGACCCGACCAUUUCAACGAAUAUUGUUGCCCGAGAAUUUGGGAUCUUGCAGUGGAAAGUAUGGUCUACUGUCCCUACUGCGGGCCUGUAUCCAUACCACUACACGCCAGUACAAGUUAUCGAAGAAGGAGAUCCAUUGAGGAGGUUAGAUUUUUGCAGAUUUAUGCUGAAUGCCGAUUUAGAAGACCCAAGAUUUUUUAAACGAAUGUUGUGGACAGAUGAGUCUAAAUUUGACAAAGACGGCAUUACUAACUAUCAUAAUGCCCAUUAUUGGGCCCCAAAAUCCAGAAAAAAUCCCAAUAAGAAGCGGGUAAAGGGCUCACAAAGGCGCUUUAGUUUAAAUGUGUGGAUGGGAAUAAUAUCCAACCAUUUGAUUGGACCUUACUUUCUCCCCGAUAAUUUAAACGGAGAAACUUAUGAAGACUUUUUAAGGCAGGAUUUACACUACCUACUUGAUGAUCUACCUCUUAAUGUAACACGAGACAUGUGA